GGAAGGGACCGGCCGGGCCGGGAGCGGGGCCAUGAACGGCUCGGCGAACUCGUUGCUGGACAAGGAGGAGCACCCGCUGCAGCUGGGCGAGAGCUUCGAGCGGCGACCCAAGGCCUCCUUCCACACCAUCCGCUAUGAUUUUAAGCCAGCAUCAAUUGAUACGUCUUGUGAGGGGGACCUCCAAGUGGGUAAAGGAGAUGAUGUAACCAUCACUUUGCCACAUAUUCCAGGUUCAACUCCACCAAUGACUGUCUUUAAAGGAAAUAAAAGGCCAUAUCAGAAGGACUGUGUGCUUAUUAUCAAUCAUGACACUGGGGAAUAUGUGCUGGAGAAACUUAGCAGCAGCAUUCAAGUCAAGAAAACAAGAGCAGAGGGCAGCAGUAAGAUCCAAGCCCGAAUAGAGCAACAGUCUGCCCGAGCAUCUCAGCCUCCUUCGCAGUUCAGAGCACCAACCAAGCCAGCAGUUGGACCUAAAACUUCUCCUUUGAAGGAUAAUCCUUCACCAGAGCCUCAGCUGGAUGACAUUAAGAGAGAGCUGAGAGCAGAGGUUGAAAUUAUUGAGCAGAUGAGCAGCAGCAGUGGAAGCAGCUCAUCAGAUUCAGAAAGCUCUUCUGGGAGUGAAGAUGAAAGCUCCAGCAGCGAGGGGGAAGAGCAAGCACAUGUUUCCCCUUCCCAGCCACCACACCAGCAGUAUAACAACAGGAAUGCUGUUGCUAAUGGCACCAGCAGGCCACAAGGAAGCAAUCAGCUCAUGAACACGCUCCGAAAUGACUUGCAGUUGAGUGAGUCUGGGAGUGACAGUGAUGACUAGAAGCUAAGCUUUUGCUGUUCCUGUUACAUAUACAUGAAGAACUAAUUUACCUUGAAGUGAUCCUAUUGCUUAUGAAGAGGAGCUGGCACAGAGAUAGUUCCAUGUGUGGAAUUUUAAUAGAAGAUAUGCAUAGCCCUACAAAAUAGCAGAUGUUGAGGACUGUUUUACUGUGUGAAUUAUGUGUAUAUAUUGUGUAUAUUCUUAUUCUGUUAAAGCUUUGAAUAGAUAUGUACAGUGGGUGAGCCAAUGUAUGUUCCUGUCCACCAUCUGUAAGUUUAACUAUAUGAGGUCAUCUAAAAAUGUCUCGUCUGUAGGAGAUGUUCAGCGCAUCAUGACUUUGUCAGGGGACUUUUGUAAAUAGGGUGAGCAUGUGCCUACAAUGAGUUUAAAAAGACAUGCAGGAGCUACCGUGUGCACUGAAGUGGGGCUGCCAUAAAUUAAGUUUCAAUACUAAAUUGAUUUAUUUGGUUUGGGACUUUUCUAAUGCCUUUUUAUUGCUAUUUAUGGUUGAUUUAAUAGACCGACUUUUAAACAGUUGGAAAACAGGAAUGAUUAAACCAUGUUCAUCACAAACCUUGCUGCACCAGUGCCUUAUAAGCAGGUUUUUUAAGUCGUACUUCAAUUCCUGCCACCUUCCCUGUAGGGAGCAAUACUGAAACCUCCUCAGAUUGCUUCUGCAAACGAGCUGUGUGUCACAUACAGCCUGCUGUGCUCUGAGGGCAGUGACUCUAGCAAGAUAAAGGAUACACAUCAAUCACCUAAACUCAUCCAAGUAAGAAUCAGAUCAGCAUUCUCUUUAGAAACUGAAGGGUCUCAUUUAACUCAGACAUUCAGGCCUAGUCUUCAGAAAUACUUAACAAGCCCAACUGCUAGUGACAUUGCAAUGCCACAAGUGCAAAAUGUUUGACUUAUUCAAAUUCUAAGACUGGAGCCCUCUUUGCAGUUUCCUAGAGAAUGCAAAAAGAAGAGGUGACUAAACAAGUAGCCAUGAAACAGCAGAAGUCUCUCUCCCACCACAGUUGUCAAGGUAGACUUCAGUCCUUAUUGUUCAUUGGAUGAGACCUCUUUGUGCUUGGCAGGAGUACACAGAACAUGAAAUAUUUGCCCAGGGUGAAAUUCACCCCUGUUUAAAGGGGGUUUAAGGAGUGCUUAGUUGGAUUAUCAUUAACUUUUUUGCUCACAUGCAAAAUGAGUGCCAUAGGCAGCCUCUUAGAUCUUGAACAGCAGGGUGACUUUUUAAAAUCAAAAUUCUGCUGACAUAUAGGACAAGUUGCACCGUAGUUGUGGUUUAAUCCUGGGGAAUGGGAAGCUGAAUCAGAUGCCUCUCCAUUCUCAGGAGUCUGCUUUGCACUGCUCUCAGCUGUUAGUUUGUGUUUUAACUCCUGUUUGUUUAUUGAGCUCUGUCCUUUUUUUUAACAUGUUGAAGAGCAAGGGGACAUUUGAAGGGAGAUUUUAUUAAAUGGUUUAUUUUUUUGCAUUAGAUACAUAUUUAGGCAUAUUUUUGCAUUAUUGUACAUACAUUCAAAAAUACUUGGGUUUUUUAAAGUGUUUUGUGAUGUAGGUAUGUAUUUUAAUGGACAAUUAUGAAAUAUACUUGAUAAAAAGCCACAAUUGCGCUUUUUUUUUUUUCCUUUUCUCUUUCUUUUUCCCUGUUCCUCCUCUAACGGGAAAAAUGGUCUGUUUUAACAAGCUUGUACCAAUUUGGGAUUUCACACUUUGGUACAGAUCUGCAUGGUAUGGUUUGCAGUCUGAUAAACAUUAGUGCUGCUCCUGACUCCCCCAGCUAAAGAUCUGAAUAAGCAGGGAGACAUUUUUCUGAUGCCAUUUCUCCAUUACUGGAGUGAAUGCCUGAGUUCUGUUGAUAUUAUUUGCACUCAAAUGGAAAAGCAGCAGAGUGCAGCGUUUUCAUUGCAAACCAUUCAGUGCCUUCUCAUGUACUCUAAAAGCCGUCAUAGGAAAUUUAUUAAUUAUGUGUAAAUAAAAGAUAUGGAACUUUGGAGGUUAAAAUAGCACCAGGCUACAUUGAUUUGAAUCGCUGCUUUAAUUGCUGAUUAGAUCAGCAGCUGGGAAAGCUUCAUUCAGAUAAUCGAUUUCUGCCUUGUUUUUGUACUCUAGGCCAUGUUUUCCUGCUUAUCCCUUCCUGACAGAUUUUUUUUCCCCCUCUCUGUUUGUUGGUAACCAAAUUAACAUAUUUUCACACAACUUCCACCACUUUUAAACUCCGUUUGGCCGUGCUUUGCAUCCCCCUCAGAUACAUCGUAUCAAGGGUGCCCUGUUGUUUGUGAGCUGCUCAUGUGCCCUUUUCCACACCCAGGUGAGUAACCACAGCCUGCUGGAGGGUGUGAGCCAGCCAGUCCCUGUGAGUGUGACCAGCCCCUCCCUGCCUGCCACUGUCCGAGCGGCUCCUGGGAUCUCCUGCCUGAGGAGCUCUCUGGCAUCUCCGCCCUUCCCACAGUUCUCAGGUGCUAGGAGUGUCUUUUGUGAAGGUGAACCGUGCAACAGGCAACUAAUAAUAUCAGAAAAGGUGGCUGCCACCACCAGCAGCAAUAUGUUGAUUUUUUUCUGAACACCUGUGUGUUUUAAAGCCAUUGCCAGCCUGGCAUUUUGAUUGAGGCCCUUGAAAUUUGAUGUUUCAUCUAUUAAGAGGCACUAAACAUUGUCUGUCUGUUCCUAUUAGAUGCCUGUUCAUUGGUUCAUAAUUUGCAGUAAGUUUCAUUUGGAUAGAAAAUAGAAUCCAAGCAAUUAUUUAGAAUUUUGUUAAUUAGUUAGCAACAUAUUUAACAUGCUGGAGAAAUAAGUUGACUAAUAUGUUUUGAUUAAGUGCGUUAAUAAAAUAAAGUAUUCCUGAU